GCAUUCGACGGGCAGUUUCGUCGACGGCCUCUUCUGCGCCUGGUCCACAUUGGGCGCCGCAACUGGCGCGGCGGCGUCUGGGGCCCUUGCCGUCGACACGCGGCGCAAUGCGACAGUCGAGCUCGGCGGGGGGCAUGGCCGCGACUCCCUGCUGGAGGCGCCCCCGUUGGAUGCCUGCGGCGACGCGGCGCUCAACCCUGCCAGCGCAGUUGACAGCGACAUGGGGGCGGCAUGCCUGCUGGCCGAGCAGCGUGGCGCGGUUCUCUUCGACCUCGCGACGGCGUUCCCGUCGCUGGCGCGCGACUUCACGGAAGAUGCGUCGAAGUUCCAGGAGCCCCGGGUGCCGCGCUGGCUUUUCGCGUCCAAUUUGCCCUUCGGCGUCGGUUGCAAGAUCGCC